CAAACCCCUCCUCUCCUCUCUUCUCCCCACCGCCACCGCCACCACCACCACCACUCCAGCUUCUCCCCGUUCCGACUCGUCGGUUUCUCGCGGAGAGGAGGAGGAAACGCACGACGCCUGGGGGGUCCCUUCCGAGCCUCUGCUAGGGUUCGCGAAGCCGUAAGCCCCGGAGCCCGUGUAGAACCACCCCAGAACCCCCCCGGGAGGUCGAGAGGACAAACGAGGAGGAGGUCGGGGGGACGACGAGAGGGGGGUGGGGGAGGAGGGACGAAGGCGCGCGGGAGGGCGGAGGCCUGUGCUGUAUGUCAGAUCGUGUGAGCCGGCGAGGCGGAGGCGGCGGCGGAGAAUACGGACACGGUCAGCUCGCGAAUCCGCUCCAAUGGCCGCAGCUCAGGAAAAGGCGUCGGUCUGCUGCGGCGGGGGAGGUGGUGCCGCCGCCCGGCGCGAUGCCCCCGGGUCGUUGUCACGUGGGCCGAUCGUCGCUGCCGCCGCGGUGUCGUCCGCGGCUGGUGCCGGUGCUGGGAAGGUCUCCAUGGCCGCGGGCGAUGAGUCGCGCGUCGCCGCGGCUGCCGGGGGCGGCGCCGUGAUGGAGGAGAUCGCCGCCACGGUCCAGCCCACCACCGCGAAGGCCUCCUCAAAAGGGAUACCUAUAAUGACAAGAGCCCAGAGAAGUCACCCUUUAGACCCAUUAUCUGCAGCUGAAAUUGCAGUGGCUGUAGCAACUGUAAGAGCUGCUGGAAAAUCACCUGAGGAACGUGAUGGCAUGCGUUUUGUUGAAGCUGUGCUAUUGGAGCCAGAAAAGAAUGUUGUGGCAUUAGCUGAUGCCUACUUCUUCCCACCUUUCCAACCAUCGCUGCUUCCUAGAACCAAAGGCUCUGCUGUCAUUCCAAGCAGGUUGCCUCCUAGAAGGGCCAAGCUCACAGUCUACAACAGACAAUCAAAUGAGACCAGCAUUUGGAUAGUAGAACUCUCUGAAGUGCACGCGGCUACUAGGGGUGGACAUCACAGAGGGAAAGUAAUAUCAUCUGAAGUUGUUCCAGAUGUUCAGCCUGCAAUGGAUGCUAUGGAGUAUGCUGAAUGUGAAGCUACAGUCAAAAGUUAUCCUCCAUUUAUUGAAGCUAUGAAGAGAAGAGGUGUAGAUGACAUGGAGCUUGUCAUGGUAGAUGCCUGGUGUGCUGGCUACUACAGUGAUGCUGAUGCUCCCAGCCGCAGACUUGCCAAGCCUCUGAUCUUUUGCAGAACUGAGAGUGAUAGCCCCAUGGAGAAUGGUUAUGCACGUCCUGUGGAAGGGAUCCAUGUUGUUGUUGAUAUGCAGAAUAAUGUUGUCAUAGAAUUUGAAGAUAGGAAGUUGGUUCCUCUCCCCCCACCAGAUCAUCUGAGAAACUACACUCCUGGGGAAACAAGAGGUGGUGUUGAUCGAAGUGAUUUGAAACCUCUUAUUAUCAAUCAACCUGAGGGCCCGAGUUUCCGCAUUAAUGGAUAUUUUGUGGAAUGGCAAAAGUGGAACUUCCGCAUUGGCUUCACCCCUAAAGAGGGUUUAGUCAUCUAUUCUGUUGCAUAUGUUGAUGGCAGCCGUGGACGUCGGCCCAUAGCCCAUAGACUGAGCUUUGUUGAGAUGGUUGUUCCUUAUGGAGAUCCAAGUGAACCACAUUAUCGCAAGAAUGCUUUUGAUGCUGGAGAGGAUGGACUUGGGAAGAAUGCUCAUUCUCUUAAGAAGGGAUGUGACUGCUUAGGUUACAUAAAGUAUUUUGAUGCACAUUUCACGAAUUUUACGGGUGGUGUGGAAACAAUUGAGAAUUGUGUGUGUUUGCAUGAGGAAGACCAUGGAAUCCUUUGGAAACACCAGGAUUGGAGAACUGGUUUAGCAGAAGUUAGGCGGUCAAGGAGGCUUACUGUUUCAUUUAUCUGCACAGUUGCCAACUAUGAAUAUGGUUUUUACUGGCACUUUUAUCAGGAUGGAAAGAUAGAAGCAGAAGUAAAACUUACUGGAAUUCUUAGUUUGGGAGCUCUGAUGCCUGGGGAAUCAAGGAAAUAUGGUACAACUAUUGCUCCUGGUCUGUAUGCACCUGUUCACCAACACUUUUUUGUUGCCCGUAUGGACAUGGCUGUUGAUUGUAAACCUAACGAGGCUCAUAAUCAGGUGGUUGAAGUAAAUGUGAAAGUCGAAAGCACAGGCACACAUAAUGUGCACAACAAUGCUUUCUAUGCUGAAGAAAAACUACUGAAAUCUGAGUUGCAAGCAAUGCGAGAUUGUGACCCUUCAUCUGCACGGCAUUGGAUCGUAAGGAACACAAGGGCUGUUAAUCGUACUGGGCAGCCAACUGGCUACAGGCUCGUGCCUGGUUCAAACUGUUUGCCGUUGGCUCUACCUGAUGCAAAGUUUCUUAGAAGAGCGGGGUUCUUAAAGCACAAUCUCUGGGUCACACAGUACAGAAGCGACGAGGUGUUCCCUGGAGGAGAAUUUCCCAAUCAGAAUCCGCGCAUCCAUGAGGGAUUAGCUACUUGGGUCAAGAAGGAUAGGCCCUUGGAGGAAACCGACAUUGUUCUCUGGUACGUGUUUGGGCUCACCCAUAUCCCAAGGCUGGAGGACUGGCCUGUCAUGCCAGUGGAACGCAUCGGCUUCAUGCUCAUGCCACACGGGUUCUUCAACUGCUCGCCGGCUGUUGACGUCCCUCCGGGCUCCUCUGACGCUGACAUCAAGGAAGCCGAGUCGCCUAAAGCCAUCCAGAACGGGCUCAUCUCGAAGCUCUGAGCAUCCGCUGCUCCUCGUUUAGAAGAAAUGCUACUUGCAUGUCGCUGCUACGUAUGCUUUCUGUCACGAUAUUGUUGCAAUAAAACCAACACUGGCUAUUUUCUGUGUUCUGUACUGCUAAAAACUUUCCUGCUGCGCUGUUUGAUUUGUGAAUUGUGAUUGUGAAUCACGUCUGGUAACGUUUGGAAUGGCGUAAAAUGCCCCUAUAAAUAAAAAGCAUGCGCUAUCAUUUAGACA